GGGGGACACAUGCAUUGGCUAAAAAAACAAUGGCAUUAAACAGAGUGUCUCAACUCUGCCACGAAAUCACCAGGCUAUGGCUGCAGCUGAAGAUGUUGACAGAUGACAUCGUGCAGAAGGAUGAUACUCCUCGGUAUGCAGCAGAAAUCGGCUCUGAACUGCAGAAACAGUUUGCCAUCCUGCCAGGGGGUCGAGGGAUGAACGGCAGCCCUGUCAUUGUCUUCCCAGAAUUCCCGGCUUUCAGCGAGCUGGAAGAGGAGGAGAUCCAAAAUGUCCUCAGCUACCUCACUAGUAUCCCCAGUGUUGAAGCAUCAGGAGUGGGUUUCAUCCUGGUCAUCGACAGACGGCUGGACCGAUGGGCCGCCGUCAGGGCCACCCUGCUCCGCAUCGCAGGUUCAUUUCCCGGGAACUUACACUUGGUUCUGGUGUUGCGUCCCACUACUUUGUUCCAGCGGACUCUGUCAGACUUCCUGUUCAAGUUCAACAAGGAUGAGUUCAAAAUGAAGGUGGUGAUGCUGAGUUCUGUGACUGAGCUCCAUGCGUAUAUCGAUCCAGGACAACUAACCAAAGAGCUGGGAGGCACACAGGAAUACUGCCAUGACAGCUGGAUCUCACACCGCACUGCCAUUGAGGCCUUUGCCCUCAUGGUGAAGACCACGGCUCAGACCCUGCAGGCGUUUGGCACAGAGCUCGCAGAGACCGAAUUACCCAACGAUGCGGAGGCCACCACCAACCUGCUGCAGACGCACACGCUGAAAAAGGAUCAAAUGAAGGAGGACCUGCAGGUGGCGCAGUCUCAAGGACGACGCCUGCUGGAGUGCAUCAAUGAGCCCCUACAGACGGACCCUGAAUACAACAUGACUCACGAUGAACUGGAAAACGUAGCUACUGUACAGAGACUCCUGGGUCAGCUGGACGAAACGGAGACGGCAUUUGAUGACUUCUGGGAGCGCCAUCGCGCAAAGCUGGAGCAGUGUUUGCAGCUCCGCCAUUUUGAGCAGCACUUCCGUGAAGUGCGUGGCCAGCUUGAUGUGAUGUUGGAGAGGUUGUCAGGCUUCUCGGAGGUCAGCGUAAACCCCGCCCACGCUGAGCACGUCCUCCGAGAGCUCAGCGGCCAUGAGGACAAAGCCCGUGAUGUCCUGGACCUCGCCUUGUCCUUGGUCAGUGAAGGUGACAGGUUGAUAGAAAACUCCCACUAUGCUGAGGACUCCAUCAGGCCAAAGUGUACCGAGCUGAGAGGAGUCUGUGAGGAGAUCACCUCCACUCUGAGGAGCAAAAAGAGCUUCCUGCUCAGAGCUAUGGAGCUCCACCACUCUCUGGAUAAGGCAUCACGGUGGUGUGAGGAAGGCAUCUUCCUGUUGGCUAGCCAGCCAGUGGACCGCUGUCAGUCUCAGGAUGGAGCAGAAGCAGCUCUACAAGAACUGGAGCGAUACCUGGAUACCGCGGCCCUGCACACCCUCACUGACCGCAGCGCCAUCUGCUGCCAGUACGAGGCCGUGCUCAACUCUCAGCUCAGGGACCAGAUAGAGAGAGUUUUCCAGAAACAAAGCUCCGUCCAGGAGAUGUUUGAGAAGAGACGCAUCAGCCUGAAGAAGCUCGCCGCUAAACAGACUAGACCAGUCCAGCCGGUAGCGCCGAGACCUGAAGUCAAGUCUCCGCAUUCUUCUCCCAAUCAAGAGAGAAAAGAGAGGAGAUACUCUGCUGAUAAUGUCCUCUCCAAAAAGGCAGAGUCUCCUGUACAUAAUGGUGGCACAAGACAUGCUUCUCUUUCAGAAGAAGAAGAAAACCUGGCAGUGCUUCGGCGUCACGUGAUGAACGAGCUGCUGGAGACGGAGAGAGCUUAUGUAGAGGAGCUUCUGUGCGUGCUGGAGGGCUAUGCAGCAGAGAUGGACAACCCUGCCAUGGCUCACCUCAUCCCCAGCAACCUGCACAGCAAGAAGGACAUCCUGUUUGGCAACAUGCCAGAAAUCUACCAGUUUCACAAACGGACAUUUCUAAAGGAUCUGGAAGCAUACACGGACUGCCCGGAGCUGGUGGGCCGCUGCUUUUUAGAACGGAUGAUGGACCUGCAGAUCUACGAGGCUUACUGCCAAAAUAAACCUCGCUCGGAGAGCUUGUGGAGACAGUGCUCCGACUGUGCCUUCUUCCAGGAGUGCCAGAAGAAGCUGGAACAUAAACUUGGAUUGGACUCCUACCUCCUUAAACCUGUCCAGAGAAUCACCAAGUACCAGCUACUGCUUAAGGAGAUGUUGAAGUACAGCAAAGGCUGUGAUGGUUGUGAUGACCUACAGGAAGCACUCUCCUCCAUCCUUGGGAUUCUGAAAGCUGUUAAUGACUCCAUGCAUCUCAUUGCCAUCACAGGAUACGAGGGUAACCUGUCAGAGCUGGGCCGUCUGCUGAUGCAGGGCUCCUUUAGCGUGUGGACCGAGCAUAAGAAAGGUCACGCCAAAGUGAAGGACUUGGCCAGGUUCAAGCCCAUGCAAAGGCACCUGUUCCUGCACGAGAAGGCCCUGCUGUUCUGUAAGAGGAGAGAGGAGAACGGGGAGGGCUACGAGAAAGCUCCGUCUUACAGCUUCAAACACUCCCUCAGUAUGAGUGCGGUGGGCAUUACGGAGAACGCCAAAGGAGACAACAAGAAGUUUGAGAUCUGGUGCAAUUCCAGAGAUGAAGUUUUUAUAGUACAGGCCCCGACGCCAGAGAUUAAAACUGCAUGGGUGAACGAGAUCCGCAAAGUUCUGACUCAGCAGCUCCGAGCCUGCAGAGAUGCCAGCCAGCAGAAGAGCUCAGACUCUAUGUCCCCAAAUCCCACCAACAACAGCCCUUCCAUCUCUCUCAGCCCUUUCCGCAACAGUGGACAGAAGAACCAGAAGAAGCAAGAGGAUAAGAAGACUGAGACAGCCCCGACUGCUGACAGCAACUCCUCAUCCUCGCCCAAACACAAAGAUGAGCCGGUGACCAGCCCGACCACUGACAGGUCCUCAGUGGCUAAAAAGCGCUUUACUUUGCAGAGCUUCAGCAAUCUCAAGAGUCCCAAAGGCUCAACUCUGAGUCCUGAACACAGCUCCAAACGCCACCUGGUAAAGAGCGAUCCCACACCGUUUGGGUUCAAAGAACCGUCUCCCCACGUCGCUCUGAGCAGAGUCAAAUGGAUGAGCACCUCUAGUCUGUUACAGAGCAAGCGGCGAGGCUGGAACAAGGUGUCUCUCUCAGUGGAUGCCUCAGAAGAGAAUGAUGGGUACUCCAGUGGGGAGGACCCCAUGAACUCUGACCCUGAGGAUGAAGUAGGAAAGAAGCUGGUUCCGGGAAAGUACACCGUAGUAGCAGACUGCGAGAAAACGGGGCCUCAGGAGCUGUCUGUUAAGAGUGGAGACAUGGUCCAACUUAUCAGAGAAGGAGAGGAGGGACAGUGGUUCGUAAAGAACCUUCGCACCAAUAAGGAGGGCUGGGUGGCAGCAGCAAACCUCGUCAGCCUCCUCUCAGAGUCCAAGUCAUCUCAGUCACUCAGCAGCUCAGAUGGCAGCGUCUCUGGGAACCUCAGCACUUCUUCCAGCUGCAGUGAGACCUACACCAGCUUCUCUGACAUCAAACCCUGACCUGAGUUACUUUCCCGGCUUUAUCACGGCACCUAAAAUCAUUUACAGGUGGAAAAUGCUUAUAUAUUAAAAAAAAAAAAAAAAAAAAUAGAGGCUGGAAUUUCCUCAGACACACACCCAACUCACAGUUCCUUCUGAAAACCAAAACUUUCUCUGCAAAUCAGCAUUGGCUGAGUGCUAACUGCACCCCCAUUUUCUGAGUAUUUAGAAGAACUUCACUCUCAUUUGAAAUUGUUUUUACAUUCAUUUUACAUUUUACAAGUAUCAGCAUGUUGGUAGAAUUUAAGUGUGGGUUUUUUUGCAGUUCCUUCAAAGUGAGAUGGAAAUAUCAGGGAUCAGUCAUUCCUCAGCAUAAGAGUCAUGCGAUGCAUCACCUCCUGUGAGGCCUUCUUUAAAGCUAAAUGUCCACAGUCUAAUAACUUACUGAAGAGGUUGGUUCAGGCCAAGUGAUUAUGUAGCAUUAACGUGGACAAUUUAAAGGAUAUCUGCACUAAACACGAGCCGUCCGCAGCGGGACAGAACUGCUGGUUAGUCGAGCCCCUUCAAGUCGACAACGACGUCGCAGCACAGCGGCAGAUUCUGCAAAACAUCCACAGAUACCAUCAGACACAUGAUACACCGGCUUCAGUGUCAGACGCUGAUCGUGCACUGUGAAAACUAGCAGGUGGCUGCAACAAGGGAGAAAAAAAAAUGCUUUGAGUACAUCUGGGAGGAAAACUGAGGAGGUUGAAUGCGUGGAGGCGUGUUGCUGUAUGUUUUAAGCUAUUCAAGAAUGCUGGAUUCCUCACAUGUGGAUAAUGAGCUUCCCUUAAAGCUGGUUUUAUGAUAUUAAGAAACACCUAGUCACUAGGCGAAUGUCACCAAUAGCACAACCUGGUGGUCUGGCAUCUUGCACUUAAUCAAAAACAAAUCCCAGUAGGGGGCGGCAGCUUAAACAACUUUUAGACCUCUUUUUUUUUUUUUUUCUCCUCUCCUGGG